UUUGGCUGAACUGUUCCUUUAAAAACCCGAAUGCAGCUGGUAACUCAUAAACAGAACGGGUCCCUUUAAAUCGUGCGUAGAGUGGAGCAGGUGGGUGUUCCCCUGCGCAACACAGUGCUGCUGGAACCGAGCGCAGUCACUUUUUACGGAAAUUUGCGGCUUGUCCUCGACGCUUUAGCGAAAUGCUGCAGCUGAAUGACAGCGUGGACCCUGAGAGCCCGGGUGCGGCUGUUUUACACCCGGCGGACUGUGAUGAUGGGCUGGAUUUGGCAUCCCGAGCUGGAGCUUCGGUGGCCUGCUGCACCCCGCUACAGACCCUCACGCCUUUCCAUGUCCACAACCCAACCAUGCGAGCCAAAGUCAAGGAUUAUUUCGUCUUCAGGCCAGGAACCAUAGAGCAGGCAGUCAAUGAUAUCCGCACGGUUGCCUUGCCUUCAGAAGACGGAGAGGUUCUUAGCGUGUGGCUGCUAGCUGAAAUCGAUCACUGGAACAAUGAAAAAGAGAGACUGGUUCUUAUAACUGAGAGGUCUUUGUUGGCGUGCAAAUAUGACUUCAUAAACCUCCAGUGUCAGCAGGUCAUCAGAAUUUCCCUGAACGCUGUGGACACGAUCUCAGUCGGCGAGUUUGAGUUUCCCCCAAAAUCCCUCAACAAGAGAGAGGGAACCGGUAUCCGUGUCCAGUGGGACAAGCAGCCAAAACCUUCGUUCAUGAAUCGCUGGAACCCCUGGUCCACUGACAUACCCUACGCCACCUUCACCAAACACCCCAUGGCACACGCCGAUGAAAAGGUGGCCUCCCUCUGCCAGCUUGAGAAUUUCAAGACGCAGCUUGUCCAGGCUGUGAAAAAAGCCCAUAAAGACUUCCCCAUCCCGGGACGAGCCAAUGGCGUGCUGAUACUGGAGCGGCCGCUCCUGAUCGAGACUUACCUGGGCAUCAUGUCCUUCAUCAACAAUGAAGCCAAACUGGGCUACGCCAUGACAAGGGGGAAAAUCGGCUUUUAACUCCUGAAUUCUCCCUCCAUUUCUCAUCCUCCAGUCAAGUGCUGUUUUUGAGUGAUACUGCUACACUUGAGUAUGUGAGUCCAGUACUUACUGCUUAUUUUGUUGUUUGGAUGUAGAUAGCGUGUGAAAUGUGCCAGGCAGUGAGACGUGUGGUCACUGCAGCAGGAUGUGCCUGGAUGAAGCCCUCUUCCUCUAUUCACAUGUGGUAAAAAAAAAAAAAAAGCCUUUCUAAUGUGUUCGAAUGGUUUGGAGAUGCAGUGUGUGUUACUGGCAACGAUUUGACCAUUGAUCACUAUCCCUAUUAAGUCCCUACAAAUGGCAUCCCCUUCCAGAAGUGCCCUUUAAGGGCGCAAAAAAGCCAUUUGGAAUUCACCCUAAAGCUCACAACGCUUGCCCCGCCACCGGGGUCUUCUGAUUGGUCCAUUGUUUUGGAACUGACAUUGAUGAGCGGCACUGUGUGUAAAAGUUUAAAUUCUUUUAACUUGACACAGCAUCUUAAAAACGCGGUGCUCAUGUGCGACACGCUGCAAAAGAUAUUGCAUAUGUUGCAUUCUGAACAUUUACUUUGACAUAUUGGACUUCGGUCAAAGUGGCGAUGAAAAUCCAUCCGGGCAAGCAUUUCCCAAAAGCAUCGUGAGCUAAAUUGAUCAUAGAGACCGCUGGUGCCAAUGGUUCUACGAUCUACUUAGGCUUACGAUGCUUUUGGGAAACGCAGCCCGGAUUUUUUCACCUGUAUUUUGAUGUAGUGUAAAUUCGUUAAUCCGAGUGUAAUGGAUUAACGAAAAAAGAAAAAAUAUAGGGUGUGAAUUUGGUUCUAUGCAUGGGUUGUUGAUUGUAUUUUGAGAAGUGGGUGUUUGUGGAGACGGGUUUAAGUGCACUAGAUGAUCUGAGAAGUCUGCUCACUGGAAGGUUCAGUUAUGACAUUUUGAUUAAACAAUACAAGCUCAAAAACAAUAAAUAAAAUAAAAAAUAAGAACCAUAUGCACAGAUGAAAUAUUCACGGCAAUGAUCUAUAACAUGCAUUUAGAAAAUAGAUUUCCAUUUCAUGGCAACUUUAAAUACCAGUGGAGUUAAAAUGGUGUACUUCAUGAAACACAACCAGAACAAAUUUUUGUGAAUUUUUCAGUUGAAUCAUGUAAAUUUCAAUAUUUAAUUCCAUGUUCACAAUUGAUCGCAAAACAAAAAUAACAUUUUUUUUAUGAACGAUUUGCAUGAAAGUUUGUUCUGUUUGUUUCAUGAAUGGGGUCCAAUGUGGGCUAAAAAGGUUUUAAAACUGCAUGCUUUCUGAACAGCACUACUAUUAAAUAAAAACUAAGACUUACGUGACGUAAAAUGUACUUAUUUUCCUCUGCACUGCAGUGCUUUUAUAAGGUUUGAAACUCUCUGAAUAAAGUUGAUUUGGACUGUUACUGAACAUAACAAUUUAGGUUUUAGUACUCAUAUUGCUUACAUAAAUGAAAUCUCUUAAUAAUUUUAGAAUUAUUUAGAUCUAGACCCAUGAGACUUUACAUUUAAUACAAUCUGCAUCUGUCUUUGCAAAAUGAAACCCAAAAUAAUGUUUUGCAUAAAGAAAAUGAGCUCAAUUCUCAAUGUAAUGUGAAAAAAAAAUCUAAUUCUCAUUAGUAAUGAAAGUUAAAAUCAAUAGAAUCAGCAUAAUUUAAUAUUUAAAAUCAGCAUUAUGACUCAGGCAGGAUUUAUAUCCCAAACACUGCUACUAAUAUAAGGUCAAAUUGCAAUUUAUGCAAUGUGUGAAAUAAUGUUUGUAAUAGAACACAGUAUUGUCCGCAUGAUAUCUUCAGAUAUAAUGCUGGCUUUAGGCAACACACCAAAAACCAUGGUAAUAUAGACAGGGGACAUGUAUUCUCAAGUGUGUCCACAGGAAGCACCUGCCUGACAUGUAUUUUCUCACACUGUUCUUAUUUCAAAGUGAAUUUCAGGUCUUCUUGUGGCUGCUGUAAACUCAUGAAAUGUAGCGUACUACUGUUACGUGUGCUUUAUGUACAACUCAUGUUUGUGUGCUUUAUCCAUAAUUCAUGCCUCAUUUCUUUAACCUAAAAGACAAUGUUUAAGUCCUGCCUAAUUUACAGAAAGUUGAAAUGAAGUUAACCAAGGCAAACAGUGUGUGUUUGAUACUGUUGAUUCCUCAGGGGAUGUUGGUCAACAGAUUGGCUUUUGUUUAAGGAUGCACGACACGGCGGGACGUGAACUUGAAGGUUUCCUGCUGUUGAGCGAUUACGGGUUCAGAGACUUUGAAGUAUUUUUCACGCAUAUGCUCGUUUGUUGGCCAAUUUCUGUUUGUUUCUUUUUUUUUGGCUAUACAUGGAGAAAUAGUUGUAACCUUGUUGAAAGUGUCUGUUUUUUUUUAAUACAGGCAUCAGUGUUUUUUUUCUAUAUUUGUUUUAAAUGUAAUGUAAAGUUGUGCAUGAUGGUUAUGCCUGCAACUUGUUAGAUGUAUAAUUUGUUAGCCAUAGCCUCAA